AUGGCAUGUGCAGACUGCCGUUCAAACGUCACAAGAAUCGCUAUGCUGCCGUGGUCGAUCAGGCCGGGCCAGCUAGCCAUCGCAUCGUACCGAGCAGCACGGCAAAAGAAAAGCGUAUCCGCUCUAUUCAUUGAUCGACCAAUCGACCAAAUAGACCGACAGCAUCGGGUAUCACUCGUUUGCCACGCCUCGCAAACAUUGAUGGGUGAAUGGAUGGAAUGCAUACCCUGCCUUGUCCCACCCAGGCAAGCGAGUUAUGGUGCUUGAGCUUUUUUUCAAUUCGGGUUUGGGGGGUGGAUGGGCGGUUGGGGGGAUACAAAUGCGAUGCGUAUCGGAUAGGGGAGGGGUGUCGGGACGGGUGGGGUAUGAUAUUGAUAUUCUGGGAGUUUGCGAUGGAUCGGAUGAUGGGGGAUUGGUUUAUUUUUUAUUUUUAUUUUUAUUUUUUAUAUCUUGACGGACUAGAGACUACAGUAGACUACGUGCUAUUCAAGCUUGCGGUAUGCACCUGGGUAUGGCACUGGCGUAUGUUAUGAUUUGCAGCAAAAUACUUUGUAUCAUGCCUAGACUACUAGAAUAGGGCACGUCAAUCCCUAUUCACCAUAAA